CCAUUCUGAGAACGACAGGGGUAUCGCCUGUUUCUCCGUGCGCUCCUUCCUGAUCGCUUUUGUGCGCGGCAGUGCCGUGCGCCACGUGUCCUGGGCCGGUAAGCCGGAUCCACCGUUGGUAGACGAAGAAAGGUUGCACCCGUGGGCGUCUUUUAUGAGGUUCGUGGCGGAGGCGCCGAUACCAUUCCCUCCGUGGUCUGCGUCUACCAAGCAGCUUAUCAACGUCGUGCAACACGGCAUCUCUUCUCACAUGUACUCGGAGGCUCUACCCGCCGACCUCGAGGAAGUCUUCGCCCACGUCUCUCAUGAGCUGCGCACCCCCUUUCACGGAGUCAUGGGCUCGCUUGAGAUGCUGAAAGAUGGGAUGGUCACCAUGGGGUUAGAGCAAAGGAUGACCAUCGUCGACUCCGCCAUCGAGUGUGGCAAUUCCAUCAUGUCCACACUGAGCGACAUCUUGGACAUAGCAAAGGACCGCAACAACACCAAGCUAAACUGCACGACAUUUGCUGCGUGGACCCCGAUCCUAGAGACGAUGUCGGCUAUGAACCAAUUCGCCACCCGUAAGACUAUCGAGCUCAGCAAGAAGGUUGAGCAGACCGUGGGCGAGCUGGCAGUCACGGGGGACGAGAGGCGCAUCAAACACAUCGUCCAGAACUUGGUCAACAACGCCAUCAAAUUCACCCCAACGGGGGGGAAGGUUGAGGUCUCUCCUCGUGUUCGAUGCCCCGGAAAAGGUGCAGGCUUGGUGGGACGAGCAGGCCGCCCGGUUCGAAAGUAGGUGCUGGAAAGGUGUCGGUGUGAUAAAUGACCGCGGCAACGAUGCGGGGGGGGACGGUGAAGGUAAGACGGGGGACUCUCUAAGACGUUGGGUCGUGUACAGCGUGGAAGACACCGGUGUUGGCGUCUCUCGUGGAGACAUACUGGUUCUCACGUCGGCCUACCGGCAGCUCUCGCAUGGCGCCUCAAAGGAGUACGCAGGGACCGGCCUU